CACGGGGUGGAGCGCUUAGUACCCAAGGUGUUUGUCGUGUCUAAGGAACGUGCUACUAUCAGGAUGUCAACAACCCACAAAAGCAAGUAGUGAGGACGUGUACACAGGUGAGUGUGGGGACUGCAAGCUGUGACCGGAGGGUACAUCACGUGAUGUGUGAUCACGGCUGUGGGGACUUUCUGGUGUCCCACCCACGCAAACCUGUUUGCAAGUUGACGGCUUGCGCGCUGUGCACCAGGGCGGUCCCUGCAGUGUCCAUGGUGCAGUUCAUGAAAUAUUCAGCAACCGGCAGCUUGCAACUGUAGGCAGAGACCCACAGCCACACAACCUCACACCUCAGCUCUCCAGCCAAGUGUCCAACAUCUGUAUCUCCUGCCGACAUGACGACCAUCAGCCCGGUGCACAUUCCAUACUCAGGCGCCAUUCCUGGAGGCGUCCACGAGGGCCUUGAGAUUCAAAUACAGGGAACAGUUCCACAAGGCGUUCGUGAGGGAUUCAGCGUCAACCUGUGUCAGACUGCCCACAGGGAGCCCAGCACAACUCUGCACUUCAACCCCAGGUUUCACCAGAACGGCGUGGCUCUCAACCACCUGGAAAAUGGGAAAUGGGGCAAGGAGGAGCGGCGUGACCUUCCCCUUCACAAGGGCAGCGACUUUGACCUGCGCAUCAAGGUCAAGAGCAAUGAGUUCAAGAUCAAGAUCAAUGGCAGCCACUUCACCGACUUCGUCCACCGCAUGCCCAAGGAGACGGCGCAGUACCUUGUGAUUGAUGGCGAGGUGGCCGUCUCCUUCAUUCGCUUCUCUGGACUCCACGGCGACGCCAACGCACCCAUGGCGUAUGGUAGCUAUGGAGGACCUCAACCAGCUUAUAACCCGGCACCCAUGGCGUAUGGUAGCUAUGGAGGCCAACCAAUCUACAACCCGCCGAUUCCAUUUACCACGGAGGUACCCGGUGGCGUCUACCCGGGGCGCAAGAUCUUCAUCAGCGGGGUACCCAACCAUGAGUGUUCAAGGUUCACCGUCAACAUGCAGAGCGACAGCAGCGGCGGCGACGUGGCCAUGCACUUUGAUGUGCGCUUCAAGUUCGGCGACAGCCACAACGUCGUGGUGCGCAACCACUGCCACAAAGGUCAAUGGGCCAACGAGGAGCGCCAUGCCAACCACUUCCCCUUCGCGCAUGAUGCCAACUUCGACAUGGUGAUUCAUGUGGAGCAGCACUGCUAUAAGGUUGAUGUUAACAACCAGCAUUUUGUGGAGUUCAACCAUCGUGUGCCUGUCCAGUCCGCGAACAUCUUGUCCAUCUCUGGUGAUGUCAAGAUCAAUCAGAUCCGCUUCCAGUGAUGUCCUGAUGUCCUUUCCGCUCAUGAAGAGAGCGGCCAGAAGGUUGCCUUGUGAACUCCGCACAAAAUUUCACCGGCACAGCCUUGAAAUGACACCCAGAACCUCAUGAUAAAAAGAUGAAUAGUGUCUGGGUUGGCUUUUUUUUUCAGUAUCUAAUUUUUGUCCUAGUACCUGUACUGUAUUGGCCAUCAUUUCACAUAAACUGUUGUAGUAACUGUACUGUACUGGCUAUCAUUUCACAUAAGCUGUUGAUCUAAAAAUUUACUGUCAUUUAGCAAAUCUCCAUUGUUAGGUUCUGCAGUACUGGCAUCAUUACAAUUCUUUUGUAUUGUUUGUAUUCUUUGUAUUAUUAUAGCAUGGCUAGAAGCUUUAUGUAAAAACAGGCAAAAUAAGAAGCGUUAACCACUUUUUUAGAUUGUAAAUUUUACUUUGUAUUUUUUAACCAGUGGAGAGGUCAAGAGGUUAAAAGACGAAAAACGUCUUCAAGGAUAAAUGAUAAAUAUAACUGACUUCAAUUGUGGUUACCACCUGGGAUAAAUAAGAAUUGCAAAAUCACAGACAUUCAUGGAGUUAACUAAGGAGUAAGGAAGUGUAAUGCAAUGAGUCUUUUUGUACAGCUGUCACCAAAUGUGCAGUUUGUUUAAUGGAUUUCAUGUCUGAUGUCAGAGGUGAUAGUUGUAGGCUUUUUCUUUUGUUUGUUUUUUGCCUACUUAUAGACUGUUGCAGCAAAUCUAGGAUUCUUAAGUUAUAUUCUGCAGUGAUGUGACAUUUGUCUGAAAUGUCUGUUCUACACAUUUCUCUUAUCAUCGCUAUUAUCUCCUGAACUAUUUUAUGUUCAGAACUUAGUAAAAUGAUCUAGGCUGAGACGUGCACAAUAGGUGACUCUAAAACUGCACUGUAGUCUCCUUUUUCCUUUUACUUUUCUUAAACUUUUGACUUUUUAUUCACUGCAAUCACUAAUUUAUACAUAGUUUGAUAUCUUUUAUACAUUUUCUUUUAGUACGCACAGACAAAAGAGUGAAAGAAUGAAGUAUCAGGGGUAGGAAAAUGAGAGUGAGAAGGAGGAGGACACAGAAAGGACUCCCAGCAUCUACUUUUUAUGCUCAGAGUAAUUUUUCGGCAUAAGGCUUCUAGAGUUCACUACAAUAGCUCAGUGUAUGGCUUCCACAGUGUGUCCAAAUUAGUACUUAUAAUGCUAUAAUGUUUGUAAAUUGUAUUUUUGCUUCAUCUUUCAAAGUAGCAUCUAUAUUUAGCAAUUAAAACAAGUAUAUUUUUUCCAUCUGCAUGAAUAAACAGUGUUUUGCUAGCAAAAUGAUUAAAUCCCUUUAACUUCUUGCAUUCCAAAUUGUCAGUUUUACAGAAAAAUUCACAUUUCUUAAUGACGUGUAUUUAUUAAUCAUGACUGAAUAUAUAUCUCACCACAAUACAUUAGCACAAUGAUACACCCACAACAGAUUGCUAUAAUUGUCUCAUCACUAACAAGACACAGAACACCUGGGGAGUCAACAUUCCUUCUGACAAAUGGGAACCUGUUAGAUGGCAGAAUUCUGUGACAAAUCCUUAACUGAGACCAUUUGUAGUUGACUGUUGUCUCAUGAAAUUUAUUAACUGUGUGUUUUCAUGGUAUCUUUUCGAAAUAUUCUAUUUAGUAACCCUGUGGAAAAAAAUCUUAAUCUAUAAGCAUUAAUGAUGCAGGCUUAUUCCCCCUUGCAUAUUAUCUCCUGUAUACUUUGUUUUAUUUCAGCUCUUUUAAUGAUUUUGAUCUGUACUUAAUUUUGAAACAGUUUAAACGCUUUUAGAAUUCCUGUAGAGAGUGUUCCACUUAGAAUAUUUUGUUGAAACCCCAAGAGUGUGAAGUAAUUGCCAUUAUCAAAUAAUAUGUGUGUCUAAUUUGAUAAACGUCGCCUUGCAGCCAUGCACUAAACUGUGUUACCUCCACCCCACAAAUAAAAUAUUUAUGUUGUAAACAAGACAUUCUGCAUUAAAUUCAUCAAAAGUCUGAAGUAAA